UCUCAGCUUUAGAUAAUUUCAUCACCUUCUUCUACACUACUAUUCAUUUGUUCUUGCUUCUAUAGCUCUCCCAUGAAUCUUAGUUAAAUACAAUCUAACUUUAAAGGAUACAAACGAAACUAAUUAAAAUGCACGAUUAUUCUAGCCAACUCAAGAAAGAAUUUAUCAAGAAAUGGAUUAAGGGUCUUCAAACAUGUUGUUCAUCAUCAAAGAAGCAAAUGAAUGUUAUGGAGAGAAAGAAGAAAAUAAAGCUUUCUGCAGACAUUGCCUUAGCUUCUGCCAAAAACGGCACAACAUCUUGGAGUAGAGCUCUACUCUCCGAUAUCCAAAAAGACGAACAAAACAAGCCUCUUGUCAACAAUGUAUUAGGCCCCGAAUCAAAGUUUGUAGUGGGUACAAAUAGCCAAAUACAUUCAAUGGUCACUAAGAAUUAUUGCCACAAGAGAUUAAUAAUUAGAAGCAAGAAGGUCUUGAAAAUGAGGCGUAGUGGUGCUAGUAAAAGGAUGAAGAAGAUGGAGCCUGGUCGUCGACCGAAUUCAGCAACUUGUGUCGCUAAAAGAUUGGUGAAGAAACGAACCGAAGUGCUUAAAGGACUUGUACCAGGAGGGAAUUCCAUGGAUGAAAUUUCCAUAAUAAAAGAAGCAUUAGACUAUAUACUUUGUCUUAGAGUACAAGUUGAUGUAAUGAAGGAUCUUGUAAAUAAUAAUGCAACGUCCAACGUUGUUUAAUACGAGUACUAGCUAGCCAGAUUGAGUAUAAGUCGAAUGGUAAGUUAUUAUUAACGUAUAGUAUAUAGCUUCAUUCGCAUCUGUCUGUCUAGCUAAUUAAUUUCUCUUUAAAUUCAUAAUCAAAAAGUGUAACUACAAUUAUUAA